AUGCCAAAAGUUGAUGUUACUGAAAAAGUAGCUUUAUCAGAGUGCUUGGAGACAGCAAAACUGCAUGGAAACUUAUCGACAAGCAACCGUUUCUUGACAAUUGGAAUACCAACUGUUGCCAGAAGAAAAGAAAGUUAUCUUCACAAAACUCUGAAAUCUUUAACAGAAAACCUAGACGAGUUCGAGAGCAAGAAUCUCACAAUCAUCGUCUUAUUUGCUGAUACUGACGGUGAGUUAAGAAAAAUAAGGGCAUAUGAAACAGCAAAACUGUUCAAGGAUCACAUACAGUCAGGAUUACUUCUUCUCAUCGAAAUUUUACCAUCAUUUUACCCAACAAAGAAGAUAACCCGACGAACUUUCAACGAUACAGUGGACCGAGUAAAGUGGAGGUCCAAGCAAGUUUUAGACUUCGCUUUUAUGUUAGAGUGCGCUCGAGAAUCUUCUGAGUACUUUUUGAUCUUAGAAGAUGACGUUGUGACUUCCCAACAUUACGUCACUUCCAUUAAAAACUUCAUAUACGAAAAGCGGAACUCUGACUGGGUGUCUUUGUCUUUUUCUGGCUUUUUCAUCAUUGGUAGGCUCAUGACAAGUGAGUACAUGAAAAAGCUUAGUGACUUUUUGAUUAUGUUUCAUCUUGAAAAACCCGUGGACCUUCUGAUUGUGCAAUUCUUCGACCUCCUUGUACCGGAUAUUCAUUUAGUUACAAGAAGAAUUCCUGGUUUGUUUCAGCACGUUGGUUUGUUUUCUUCUCUAGAUGGUAAAGUUCAGAAAGCCAAAGACAGAAGUUUUGGAACGGGUUCUUACGUAUUCCAUUUCGAAAAUCCCCCGGCAGAUAUCGUAACUAGCAUUGGGGUGUACAAGAAACAUUACCCCGAGCACUGUUAUGGACAUUUAAAUAAGUUCUUUUGGGGAAGCGCCCCGAAGCGAAAUGACACUUUUGACAUUAUACUUCACAAGCCCAGAAAAUUGAACAGAAUUUUCAUCAGUUCUGGGCAAAAGUCUCAUCAGCAUGACAUCAUAAAGUUCGCUGAACUGAAGAUUGCGCCUGUGUUUAAGCAAAUGAUUACAAACAAAAAGGCUGAUUGCGAAGGGUUUUUCACAGUUGCUUUAUUUGACAAAGGAAAUGUAGAUGUCUUGUUGAGUACGAUACCAAAAAUAACAUAUGUGCAGUGCAUUCGAAUCGAGUUUUUAAAGAAACAAUCUAACUGGGUACUAAUAAACGAAAUUUCAAUUGAUGCAGAGAGAGAAGAAUGA